GCCACACGAACGGACGAGUUGCCAGCUGAUGGAUAUAAACAAUAUGGCGGAUAGUCAAUCUGACGUUCUGCUGGAGUAGUUUGAUGGUGGUGAAAGAAAGUUUAGUAAUGGCGGCCACAUAUUUCCCAGGUUCUGGAGAUAUUAUUCAUCUCAACGUUGGAGGACAAAGAUUCAGCACAUCACGGCACACACUUACCUGGGUUCCUGACACUUUCUUCACAUCCUUACUCUCUGGACGAAUUUCAACACUCCGAGAUGAAUCUGGUGCAAUAUUCAUUGAUCGAGACCCAUCUCUCUUCAGUAUUAUUCUCAAUUAUCUUCGCACACGUGAUCUUAACAUGUCAGUUGUUGACAUUAAUGCCCUAAGGCAUGAAGCAGAGUUCUAUGGAAUAGCCCCACUGGUGAAGCGGUUAAUGCUAUGCCAGGAUUUGCAUCAUUCAUCGUGUGGGGACGUCCUCUUUUGUGGAUAUCUCUCGCCUCCAAGCAUUCCAAUUCAAGAGCCUCCAACAUCAGUGACAGAGUGCCGUGAUGGUCAAAGCAGACCACCAAGCAGUGGCAAUAUCAAUAGUAACAAUAACAAUAGUGCACCUGGAGGAGUAAUACGUUUGCCUGAGGCAGCUGCAGUGGCAGCAGCUGCAGCAACAGCAGCAGCAACAGUAGCAGCAGCAGCCACAGCAGCAAGCACAGGAGUUCCAGGACCUGGUGGAGGGUCUGUAGCAGUCCCCAGACCCAGUCAUUCACGCAAUUCUUCUCUUGAUAUGCGUCACAAUCCAUCUCAGCUUGUUGGACAAGGUCUUCAUAAUGGUGUGUAUCCUGGCCACAUGUCCCGUAGCUCAAGUGAUCUUCGCAGCCAUGCAGCCAGAUCACACUCCAGAACGCCCUCCAUGGAUCUCAGGCAUUCGCGGAAUUCUUCUGCUGAUCUCAAUAAAUUCUUCAAGAAUGAAAUAAAUGUUUUGAAUAAUGCCGGACCUCCAGGGUCAAGCUGGGUAGAUCCCUUACGGGUUCGGAUGGUCAAGGCUCAUCACAAUUGGAUUUUGGUUGCUUAUGCACAUUUUGUCACCUGUUACAGUGCUGUCAACCGCUGGAACAAAGACAGCACUGGUUGGCAACUAGCCUUCACAUCUCCGUAUAUUGACCAGCUUAUUGAACGGGCAGCUCUGAAUGCAAAGCUCUCACCACCAAGUCAGGGUGGAGAAGCUGGGCAGAAGAUGCUCGCCAUAUCUUAUGCCUCACAUAUUCGACUCUGGGGUAUCUCUGAGGAAGGCACCAGGAAUGACAUUGGGACCUUCAACCUGGGUGUACCAGUUGAGUAUCUCUUUUUUAUCGGAUCGCAGUUAGUGGCACUCUCCUCUGUUGGGAAGAUUGGUGUGUGGCAUGCAAUGACACAACACUGGCAGAUCCAAGAAGUACUACCCAUCGCAUCUUUCGACACUGCAGGUUCUUUCCUGUUACUUGGGUGCACCAAUGGCUCUAUUUAUUAUAUUGAUAUGCAAAAGUUUCCUCUAAGGAUGAAGGAUAACGACUUACUAGUGACAGAGCUCUAUCAUGAUCCAUCAAAUGAUAUCAUCACUGCUAUCUCAGUUUACCUUACACCAAAAACAAAUGUAUGCGGAAACUGGAUUGAGAUUGCGUAUGGCACAAGUUCUGGAACAGUGAGAGUCAUCGUUCAACACCCGGAGACAGUGGGGCACGGGCCUCAGCUCUUCCAGACUUUCACAGUUCAUAGAUAUCCUGUGACCAAGGUAACCCUGUCUGAGAAAUUACUAAUUAGUGUAUGCAGCGAGUAUAACCAUGUGCGCACGUGGUCCGUCACACGCUUCAGGGGGAUGAUCUCCACGCAACCUGGAUCAACGCCUCUUUCCUCGUACAAAAUUUUGACCAUUGAUGAAGUUGACCCCAAUAUAUACUAUGCCAUUGCUAAUGACUGUGGACCAUAUGGAGAACAGGAUGAUGAGCAGGUGUUCAUUCAGAAGGUGGUUCCUGAGACAGACCAACUGUUUGUUCGUCUUGCUAGUAAUGGCAAGAGAGUGUGUGUCAUCAAAGCUGUGGAUUCCACUACAAUAAGUGGCUUCUGUGUACAUGAGUGUGAAGGAAGUAGUAGAAUGGGAUCCAGACCAAGGAGAUACAUAUUUACUGGUCACUCCAAUGGGGCUAUUCAGAUGUGGGAUCUUACUACUGCCCUUGAGCUAAGUAACAAGGGUGAUUCAGGAGCAAUUGUCAAUGGAGGUCCUGAGCCAGCAGAACUGCUGCGUCUUCUAGAUGUGUGUGACCUCAGCAAUUCAUACUGCACUACCCCCUGCCUCUCCCCUUCCCCUCUUACACCUGCCAAUGUGCUACCACCUCAUCAACGCCCAUACCCGAAUGCAAGCCACCUUCACCAUGGAAUAAAUCCUCACCUACCUCAGCCCAGCACUAGUUACUUGGCGAGUCCAUCUACCAGCGGAGGAGCACAGGUUCAUCCUGGUCCUCUGUUGAAGCCAGCAAAUGUGGCUUUUCUCUCUCACAAUCAGGCUUCAGUGGCAAGAAGCAACCCUCCAAAUACUUCCAAUGAUGACGAUGACGAUGAAGGUACUGCUUGUUGAUGGUUUACUCCUGAUAUGGUUGUUAGAGUAGCUCACAAGAUGGUUCACUAAUGAAAUGACUUAUAAAAAAAGUUUCGUGAUUGAUACUUUAUAUUUUGCUUGGGUAUUACAAGAGGCAUAUUUUGUGUAAAUAUAUAUGAUUGAAAGUCAGAUAAAUUAGUUAUGGUUGAAGUACUGUGCAACCAGAAUAUUCAGUGAUUGUAUUUAUCUAAAGAAUUCUUUUACAGAUACAAAUAUUUAUAUAUUGUAGAUAUAAAUGAAUGUACAGGUACAGUUUAAAGUCCUGUAUAUGCUGUUGUGACUAUACUGCACAUACAUCAGGAGCAUACUGCACUGAAGGAUAUUUAAUAUGAAUAAAAUAGAAUAUGUUGACUGGGCCACAUCAUAAUAUGAUGUGGAUAACAAGAUAACAUCUUGUUAUCUGUCAAGAUAACAAGAUAUGCUACUGUAUGUUCAGAGAUAGUCAUCAGGCAAUAUGUUUUACUAACAUUGUUUUAUAACUUGCACUAUAAUUGUCUCUUGGUAUAUGUUACGUGCCAGGUUUUCAAUAUUUCUCAGCACCACUACGUUAUUUCAUUUAAUAUAUAUAUAUAUAUUAUUUUUUUAUCAUAUGUGUUUCAUCCUACAUUCAGCAUACAAUAGUUAUAACAUCCUCAAAAUGCUGGUCUAGCAUCUUUACCCUUGUGUGAGCUUACAUCAUAAUGUAAUGUUUCUCCCUGCUAAAUUUCUCUAGUAUCCUUUUCUUGUGUCAGCAUACAGCAUUGUGUUAUCUCCCUUCUACACUGUUGUAGCAUUCUUUCCAUAUUGUGUACAUGCAGCAUUGUGUGUUUUAUUUUGUUAAAUUGCUCUAGCAUCCUUUAUUCCAUGUGAACACACAGCAUCAUGUGUCUUCCCUGCAAUGUUGCUUGAGCAUUCUUUUCCAUGUGUGAGCACACAAUAUGCACUCUCUCUGCUCUGCUGCUCUAGCAUCUUUUAGCUAUGUGAGCAUACAGCAUCAUAACUGUCUCCCUGCUAUGCUGCUAUAGCAUUUUUUCCCCCUGUGAGCACACAGUAUCAUGUGUCAUGUCCACUAUGCUGUUUUAGCAUAUUUUCCUCAUGUAAGCACAGCAUCAUGUGCAUCUCCAUGCUGUGCUGCUUCAGCAUCUUUUCCAAGUGAGAGCACAGCAUCAUGUGUUCUUCCUGUUACACUGCACAUAACAAACUGUGAUAUAUUCAGCAUGCUUGGGGUAUGCCAAUAACAACAUAUUUUGUUAACAUACUGUUUAGUCUCCAUUAAAUAUGCAGCUGAUUAUUACACUUACAGAAUCUCCUUCCAAAAUUAAGUUUCAUCAAAUAUGUGUUCAGUUUACUGAAUGUGUGGCCUAUUGGGCAGUUCUAAAAUAUGUAGCACUAACUGUAUCUAAUUGUAAGUGAUAUUGUAUGAUUAUUUGUUCAUAAUGUGCUACUGAUGCUUACCAGAGCGUGACUGUAUAAUACAGGAGAGGUAAAUGGUAAUUUUAAGUGCACAAACGUUGUACUGUUUGUCAUCCCAAACUUUUUUUGUUGUGUGUAUUAUUUUGGUUGAAGGUUCUUUGUGAGGGUUAUCAUACAACACUGCUGUUGGCAUCACACACAUACAUAUACAGCCACACCUCCAAAAUCUGGAUUAUAUUGUUCUGAAUUUGAUAAAAACAAAAAAAAAUUAAAUCACAAAAUGUUAUGGAUUUUUUUUUAAGGAACUGGUACAAUAAAUAGUUAUGCAUACGGAAAUAUAGAAAUAUAAUAUGAAUACA